AACGAGAAGAAAAAAAUGUGAAAGAAGUUAUAAAAGAAUAUUUAAAAAUAGUAAAAAAGGCGCGAAGAAGAGCGAAUUUCGUCCGCCAGUGGUCAGCACCAUCCGCGUGCAGCCACAUCCGUCCAUCGAUACGGAGCUGCAUGUCGAACAAUGUCUCCUCCAAAUAGAGCUACCAUCCUAAUAGUCGGCCUUACCCGACUAACUCUUCAUCCAAAGUCAUAUCUUACACCUUAAUGCCGAUAUUAAUAACAAUAUCUUUUACUAUAAAAGUCACAUAAGUCGACCGUCUACGGCCACACCAAUGAAGUUGUCACAGCGGUUAAUCAAGCGCACCACAAGUGGCGACGGUCGUUUUUUUACUUGUCUGGGUUGGUUUUUUUCGUGUCUGCACAACGGAUGCGUUGAAGAUUGAGACGACCGAGACGCUUUUACCCAGUGUCAAAUGGCUCGACUAGAUGUUGCUACCUAGCUCCGAAUGGUUAUGAUAAAAGAUCGUGUUUAUUAACUACCCUAUACAAAUCCGGCUGUUUGCGAAGAGAAUGGAUGAGAUGUUAGAAUUCACGUUUGUCCGUCUCAUACUUUCCUGUCCGUCUGUGUUUGGUUGAGUGUUGCUGCCACCAUGGCUGAAUACAGAAGCCAUUGGCAUCCCAGUUUCCUAUUUUCUGCCAACUGUAUUUCUGAAGAAAACUUUCUUUCUUCAAUAUGAAGUUGAUACAAAAUCUGUUGACUUCAGUCUGAUAAAACAUAAUCUGACUAAAUCAGCUGACAGGACUACUGUCUUCUAUCUAAAUUCAAAAUAAACCAUCAUGCAGAAUACCGCCUACCCUUGGGUGAGUUCAUCUUCCCUCAAUCAGAAAAGCUGGCCUCCCGGUUAUCAGGCAAGUCUUACUGAUCUUUUUUUGAAAAAAAAUCCAUUACACUUUGGAACUGGCAUAUCUCAAUUGGCAGCUGCUUCCACUUAUAUUGAGAAGAUGUCUACAUUCAACGAACGUACCCAUAAGUGCCCACACCCAGAUGCGAAGGAUAAGCCUUAUCCAUGUGAGAUUUGCCAACGAUAUUUUGCACUUUGUGACAAUGUUCAAAGAGAUAACAAUUCUUGUACUAGUGCAAGAUUGGCAGGCACCAGUGGCUCUCUAAAUCAAUGUCCUACAAUGCAAGAGAGGAAACCUUUAAACCUUGCUUCACCUACUAUUCCUAUGGACAAUAGACCACCACAAAAUCUUCCUGUCACAUCUUCUUCCAUGGCAAAUCGACCAAGAGCACCAUCAAAUAAACAGUUUAUUUGCCCUGUUUGUCAUAAAUAUUUCACACAAAAAGGGAACCUGAAGACCCAUAUGAUGAUUCAUACAGGUGAAAAACCAUAUUCUUGUAGCAUUUGUGGAAAAUGCUUUACACAAAAAGGUAAUGUUGAUACUCAUAUGAAAAUUCAUACUGGAGAAAAAGAAUUUGGCUGUGAUAAUUGUGGUAAACGUUUUACACAAAAAGGUAACUUGAAAACCCAUGUACGAAGUGUACAUACUAAAGAGAAGCCUUUUGCCUGUACUUUCUGUGGAAAAUCCUUUUCUCAGAAGGGGAAUAUGCAGACGCAUAUGAGAACGCACAAUAAAGAUGACAGGUUCCCAUGCACACUUUGUGGAAAAACUUUUUCUCAGAAAGGAAAUCUUAAAACUCAUAUCCAACGUCAUACAGGUCAAUUACCUUCUCGAAGAAAUUAUGCCUCUCGUGGUGGUUCAAAUCAUCCACCUAAUUCUGGUAUUCGGCGAUUAUCAUCUCAACUUCCUCAAUAUCCUAAUUCACAAUCUUCACCAUCUCAAUCCAUGGCACCAAAUCUUAGUUCUCCGAUGGCCACAGCAAAUGAUUCAAAAUUAGACCAGCAAAAUUUGCAAUUACCUGUUCCCACAUCAAGAUCUCUAAUGGGUGUUCCAUAUGGUGAUUUAUCUCAAAAUGAGUAUAAGACUCUUGAUUCACCAAUGUCACCACUUCAUCCAACACCUAGAAUUCCACCCAUUAAUCAGCUUCAGCGUCAGCAUAGCAUUUCUCCAAGUUCUCAUCCUUCUCAAAUUUCAAGUCCCUCUCCUAUUGGUGAAAUGCAUUCUUCGCCACCAGUUGUCCUUCACAACAAAGUACCACGUGCUCAAAAUUCACAAACUCCUAAUCAUCAAAUGGGAAAUGAUCCACUUUCGCCAAAUUCAAUUCAUUCUCCUCCUCCUCAUGUUUCUCAGCCUCGUAUUUCUAGUUCUCCACCUUUGGCCUGCCCAUCAGAUUUGUCAAAUACAAAUCCUGAUUCAAGGGCAUUUUAUUCUGCUCCAUCAACCCCCAUUCCUACACCUAUUGCUCCUUCACCUCGUUGGCUUCCACACAGUCAUAUCGCCAGAUCACAUUAUGAUACAUUUUUGCCUCAUUCUGGUCUGAGUUCCUACAAUCCCAUAUCUCAGCACACCACCCCUCUUUCGCGCCUCUCUCUUUUUGCUUCAAGCUCUAUGCCACAUCCUAAUUCUGAAUUACAUCAGAAUGAUUCAAAACAUGAUAAUUCCCCAACACUCCAUACACAGCAUUUGCACAAUUCUCAUCAGUAUCACCCUUCAGGCAGUCCUGAUUUUACUCAACUAUUGGAUUAAUUUUAUAAUUGAAGAAUAUUGUGAAGGCUAUUAAUGUAAGUAUAUCUUUAAAUGCUAUUGUGCCACAGUAAAGAUAAUCUUAAAAAAGAAAAAUUUAUAAGCCAAAUCAACCAGCUUCUCCAUCCUCUUAAAGAAUGACUUUUUUAAAAAAAGAAAAACUAAAAAAGCAAAAUGAUUUUCUGAAAAAUUCAGUACAGUUCAUUUGAAUAAAAAGUAAUCAAAUUAAAAGUUCAUAUUUAAA